CACUCUAGUUCAGUUCAGUUGAAUAGCUAAUUUAGAGGCCAAUGUGAUAUCUUAUGGACUUUGCUAUUAGUCUUCUUCUGAGAAAGAAAGCUCCUGUGUCCAAAUCACAGGAGUGCCAUUAAAACCCAAGAAAAUUGUUUGAUCCACUUUGAAGCAAACUUGCAGGAAUUCCUUUUUAACUAGCUUGCUUUCUUGCCAAACAUUGCCAACUACUACUAAUCCAUCACAAAGCUUAUUUUACUUUGCUUAAUUAAGCUAUCUAGGCUUUGUUGCCUCUAUAUCCCAUCCAUCCCAACCUCCAUCUUUCUUCCAACCUGAAAUGUCAGUCAGGUCUGGUGAACCAUUCUUCCUUCCUCAUCACCUCAUCUACUAAACACAAAAGAACACAAGCUCCAGAUAAUUAUAUGCAACUAUCCUUCACUCCAAGUACUCACUCAAGAACACAAGCUCAGACAGUUUGUGUGUCAGUGAGGCAAGGAGGAAGAAGAAGAGGAGCCAAGAAUUGCGGCGGUGGCGGCGGCGGCGAGAGGAGGAAGGAGAUGAAGGGGAUGUCCGGGCCGAAGCUGCUCGUCGUGCACCCGGCGUCGAAGGGGUACAACGGCGUGGUGUCGCUGUCCGGCGCGGCGUCGCCGGGGCCGUCGGCGGCGUCCAUGCCGUUGUUCCUCGGCUCGCGGCGGCGUUGCUGCGCCUGGCUCGUCGCGCUCCUCCUCGCGCUGCUCACCUGCGUGUCCCUGCUCACCGUCUUCUCCACGGCGCGCGCCGCGUCGGAAGGCGCAGCGCUGCCGCAGCGCGCGAGGCUCACCGUCGCGGGCGCGGCGGGCGCCGCCGCGGCGUCGGCGGCGGUGGGAGCAGCGGGCGGGCUGCCGGCGUACGUGUUCGACGCGCUGGUGCAGUACGCGGCGGCGGCGGGGGCGAACGCGACGGCGAGCAUGCCGGAGGAGGACGUGCGGGCGAUCGCGUCGGUGCUCCGGCGGCGCGCGCCGUGCAGGCUGCUGGUGUUCGGCCUCGGCGCCGAGACGCCGCUGUGGCGCGCGCUGAACCACGGCGGGCGGACGGUGUUCCUGGACGAGAACCCGUUCUACGUGGCGCACGUGGAGGGCGCGCUCCCGGGCCUGGAGGCGUACGACGUCUCGUACGCCACCGCCGUCCGCGAGUUCCCCGACCUCCUCGACGCCGCCCGCGCCGCCCAGUCCGCCGACUGCCGCCCCGUCCAGAACCUCCUCUUCUCCGACUGCCGCCUCGCCAUCAACGACCUCCCCAACCAGCUCUACGACGUCUCCUGGGACGUCAUCCUCGUCGAUGGCCCAAGCGGGUUCACGGAGGGGUCGCCGGGGAGGAUGUCGGCGAUCUUCUCGGCGGCGGUGAUGGCGAGGACCAAGGGGUCGGAGACGGAGGUGCUGGUGCACGACUACCAGCGGGAGGUGGAGAUCGCGUGCGCGAGGGAGUUCCUGUGCCCGGAGAACCGCGUGGAGGCCACCGCCACGCCGUCGCUCGGCCACUUCCUCGUCCGCGGCGGCGCCGCCGCCAACCGGGACGCCUUCUGCGGCGGCGCCGCCGGCGCCACCACCAAGAAGGCCAACUAAGCUUAGUGAUCAAUUCACUACUAGCCAUAGCCACGAAUCCGCCGUCUUUUUUUCCCCGAUCUCUUCUCGACUUCUUGCUGUGUAUUUGAUCGUCGCCUCCAUGAAUUAUAUCUUAUUCAUGCACGCGAAAUUGAGCACGAAAUCGGUCUCGAGAGAUGAAUGUAAUUUGUAAAUUAGAGCAAACAUAAACCGGAAUUAGCUGCCAUACAGCAGCAAGGACAAGUGGACAAACAUGCAUUUUCCAGUUCA